AUGUCUGGAAAACUUGAGCUUCAAAAUGGGUCACGACAUGGUGUCAGCUACCGCUCAGGUAACGGAAGUGAAGAAAUGAUGUGUGAAAGGAAUGAUCGGCUAUUAGUCUCCCCAGAAGUCAAUGAUAUGGAGCUGGAUGCACCCGCAGCAUCCUCCGGCGGCAAGAAGCAGAAGAAGAAGUGGUCCAAGGGCAAAGUCAAGGACAAGGCCAACCACGCCGUUGUUCUCGAUAAGGCCACUUCCGAGAAGCUCUACAAGGAUGUGCAGUCCUACCGUCUCAUCACUGUCGCCACGCUCGUUGAUAGGCUGAAGAUCAACGGCAGCUUGGCACGGAAGGCCCUCAGCGACCUGGAGGAGAAGGGACAGAUUAAGAAGGUCGUCGGACACUCGAAGAUGAACAUUUACACCCGCGCUGUUACCGCUGCAGAGUAG